CUUGAGAAAACAGCACAUGAUGAUUUCAGGAAGCUUGCCUCAGCAAUAUACCUACAAGUCAGCAUUAUAAGUCAGGCGCUUAUCUUUGUGACCAGGUCAAGGAGCUGGUCUUAUGUGGAACGUCCUGGGUUGCUGCUUGUGAUAGCCUUUAUCCUUGCACAAUUGGUGGCUACACUAAUUGCAGUCUAUGCAAAUUGGAGCUUUGCUGCUAUUGAAGGGAUAGGGUGGGGAUGGGCUGGAGUCAUUUGGCUUUACAACAUUGUGUUCUACAUUCCUCUUGAUAUCAUCAAGUUCUUGAUUCGUUAUGCACUUAGUGGCAGAGCUUGGGAUCUUGUUAUUGAACAGAGGAUUGCAUUCACAAGGAAGAAGGAUUUUGGGAAAGAACAAAGGGAGUUACAAUGGGCGCAUGCACAGAGGACUCUGCAUGGCCUUCAAGCACCAGAUGCUAAGAUGUUCCCAGAGCGAACCCAUUUCAACGAGCUUUCUCAAAUGGCUGAAGAAGCUAAGAGAAGAGCAGAGAUCGCUAGGUUGAGGGAGCUUCACACACUCAAGGGUCACGUUGAAUCUGUCGUGAGACUUAAAGGUCUUGACAUUGAAACCAUUCAGCAGUCCUACACAGUCUGAUAUAGAAGCCUUAGAGACUGUCUCAGUGUCCUUCAAUAAAAGUUAUAUCUCUGGUUUGAAAACUUCAAUACAAGUUAUAUUAUGCAUAUAAGUAUCGAAUUCCUAAGUAGUGUUUUUGUUGUGUUUGCUUUUAUUUUUAAGUUUGUUUUGUUGUGUGAUGACAGAAUGACCAGAAGUAGAAACACAAUCCUUAAAUGCAAAAAGACAAAUUGUUAUUGUGUAA